GCCACCGGUGUCCCUGCGGGUGAAUGGACCGACUGUGCUCCCUUUCAUAAGCGCUGCUUCCUGCGCGCACUGCCACUCAGCCGGGGGUUCUUCUCGGUUUCAAAUCCGUCCAACUCAUCCGGACAUGGCACGGACCUUGGGACUGCUGGCGGGCUGCUUGGUGCUGGUUCUGCUGCGGGGAGCGGACGGUAACCGUAAAGGCAAGGUGUGGGUUUACUGUGUGGCGAUCAAGGAGGAAAUGUGGGAUUACGCACCGAGUGGAAAAAACCUCAUCAACGGCAAAACCAUCGCAGAAGACGAGCAUGCAAAGGUUUACCUGGAGAACGGACCUCACCGUAUCGGUCGGGUCUAUAAGAAGGCUAUGUACCGAGAAUAUACAGACUGUUCCUACAGAACCCAGGCUGCCCGGCCAGAAUGGUUGGGUUUUCUGGGGCCUAUAUUACGAGCAGAGGUCCAUGACACCAUCAUCAUCCACAUGAAGAACUUUGGGUCACAGAACUAUUCCAUGCACCCCCAUGGGGUUUUCUACCGGAAGACUGCAGAAGGAGCUCUUUAUCCAGAUCGGACACAGGAGAGUUCCAAAAUGGAUGACCACGUACCUCCAGGAGGAUCAUACACUUACCGCUGGGAGGUCAAACCAGAACACGGCCCCACGGACGACGAUCCCGACUGUAUAACCUGGAUCUACCACUCCCACGUAAACACGGCAAGAGACACUUACUCAGGACUUGUCGGACCACUUAUCACCUGCAAAGAAGGAACCUUGAGGAAAUCUAAUAAAAAUAAUCCAGAAGAGUCAGUUCGCUAUGAUGUGGAUCAGUAUUUCUACCUUCUGUUCACCGUGGUGGACGAAAACCAGAGCUGGUAUAUAGACGACAACGUGAAACUCUGCACUGAUCCAGGAGGGGUCGAUGUGAAUGAUCCAGGCUUCCGGGAGUCAAACAUGAUGCAUUCUAUUAAUGGGUACAUGUACGGUAAUCUGCCUGGACUGAAGAUCUGCCAGCACCGUGCGGUGGCCUGUCAUAUGGCUGGACUUGGUAAUGAGGUGGAUAUUCACAGCAUUUCUUACCAAGGGAACACGCUUAUGGACCGCGGCCACCGCUGCGACACCGUGAGCCUGUUUCCAGCCACCUUCAUUACAGCCAAGAUGAUCCCAAGGGGGAAAGGAAAGUGGCUCUUGAGCUGCCAGGUUAAUGACCACUUUCUAGCUGGGAUGCAGGCCCUUUAUCAUGUGGUGUCAUGUGGAACUAAGCCCAGCUCCACUUCAAAAUUUGGCAUAGAGAGGCAUUACUACCUGGCAGCAGAGACAAUCCUGUGGAACUAUGCUCCAACAGGAAAAAAUUUGAUCAGCAAUACAUCUCUCACUGAGCCGGGCAGCACAUCCGAAUUGUAUUUCGGCAGAAGCAAUGGAAGAAUUGGAGCCAGAUAUUAUAAAACGAAGUUUGUACAGUACACAGAUGCCACCUUCACCACUAAAAAACCGACAACUCAUUAUGACAGACAUUUAGGACUCAUGGGUCCAGUGUUGAGGUGCGAGGUAGGAGACUUUCUCCUGGUGACGUUGUGGAACAAGGCAGACCACAAUGUCAGUAUGCAUCCUCAUGGACUUCACUAUAAAAAACACUUCCAGGGAACCGACUAUGAAGAUGGAACUAACCAUCCAGGAGCCCAUGUCCAUCCAGGAUCUGAAUUCACCUACAAAUGGCGAGUUCUGGAAGGCCCCUCUUCAUCCGAUCCGGAUUGUAUUCCCUACAUGUACUACUCAGCCUCUGAUCCCGUCAUGGACACCAGCUCUGGGUUAUGUGGGCCUAUGCUUGUGUGCAAACCCAAUGUUCUGGGAAAGAAUGGACACCAGAAGCGCGUGGAUAAGGAGUUCUUCCUCCUUUUUUCAAUCAUCGAUGAAAACUUGAGCUGGUAUUUGAACAAGAACAUUGAAAGAUUUGGCAGCAGUGAAACAAAUAAGCAAGAUCCAGACUUCUUGGAGAGCAACAGAAAGCACGCUGUUAACGGUCGCCUGUACGGGAACCUAUUUGGACUGGGGAUGUGUUCCGGAGACAAUGUUGUGUGGUAUGCCUUUGGAAUGGGCUCGGAAACAGACAUGCAUGGUAUCUUUUUUGAGGAAAACACGGUUAAGAUGUUCAACAACACCCGGGACACGGUCACCUUGUUUCCUCAUAUGUCUUCGACUUUCGUCAUGCAUCCAAACAACCCUGGUGUGUAUGGUGUGGAAUGCAGGACAACAGACCACUAUGAAGCAGGCAUGAGGCAGCUAUACAGGGUGAGGUUUUGUCCAGGAAAAUCAAAGAAGCAAAAACACAAAGAGCCAACCAAGGUGGUGCAGUAUUUUAUCAGUGCUGAAGAGCAGGAAUGGGACUACUCACCUUCAAGAAAAUGGGAGCUGGAAUUUUUCCAAACCUCCGAAGCCAACAGUCCAGGUAACACAUUUGUGGGUAAAGGGCCGGACCGGAUUGGAUCCCGCUAUAAGAAGGCAGUGUAUAGGGAAUACACCGAUGAAACCUUCAGCGUUCGAAAGAAUCGGCAGCCACACGAGCAACAUUUGGGGAUUCUGGGUCCGCGUAUCUACGCAAUGGUCGGAGAGCUGGUUGUGAUAACAUUUAAGAACAAAGCAAGUCGGCCAUAUUCUCUUAACCUGAAUGGACUUAAGGCCAGUGGUUCACAUGUUGCUGUCCAACCUGGUAAUAUUCUUGAGCUGACGUGGGAUAUUCCUGAAAGUUCCGGACCUGGGCCUGAUGAUCUCAACUGCAUUGUCAGUUUCUACCAUUCUACUGUUAACUACCCUAAAGACUUGUACAGCGGGCUUAUUGGACCGCUGAUCAUAUGCAGAUGUGGCACCCUGAGUGAAAACCAGGGGUCCAACAGAUACAGGAAGGAUGUGGACAAGGACUUUGCUCUGCUCUUUAUGAUCUUUGAUGAAAACCAGUCCUGGUACCUGGAUGACAACAUUCGAACAUACCUCGGUGUUGACCCCACCACCUUUGACAAGGGGCCUGGCUUUCAUGAGAGUAACAUGAUGCAUGGAAUUAAUGGUCGAGUGUACGGAAACCUUCGUGGACUGGUGAUGAGGCGGGGCCAGAGGGUCAGCUGGCAUCUCAUGGCCAUGGGAAACUUCAUCGACGUGCACACUGCCCACUACCACGCGGAGACUUUCACCUACAAGAUUGAUACCACGCACAGGGGAGAUGUCUACGAUCUUUUCGCUGGGUCUACCCAGGAAAUGGAGAUGGUGGCUGGAAACGCGGGGACGUGGUUGCUUCAUUGCCACGUGGACGAUCACUUGUUCGCUGGCAUGGAUACCACCUAUACCAUCUUAGAGAAAUCCACAACAGGAGCAGGGUCUGAAAAUAAAUCUUCCUUUAAGACUCUGAUGUUCGGUCUCAUUGCAGCUAAACUGCACCACUAAUAACACGGAUGCUGGAUUGUACGUGUGAAAUCACAACGGUGCUUCUUGAUGCACUACUACAAAAAUGCAGGGAUAGUUUUUACACAUAUGUUUGCUGGAUGUUAUUUAUGUGAACAAUCAAACAAUAGUUUCCUCAAAUGACGGCUGCUGCUGUUUUAGUCUGAUUUUACUCCCCAGAACAAAAAGAAGCUUUAUGUAUCAAUGUUUUGUCUUGGUAGAUGUUUUAAAUUAUAUUUGGACUAAACAAUGACGUUGUGUGAAUAAAUUAUGUAUUUUUUUGGGAAUGAUUUCUCACUGUGAAGACAUCUUGUAAGUUUUACUUGUCACCACAAGGGGGCGAUCUGUCAACUAGAAAAUAAAUAAGCUGGCACAAAAGCAAAUAACUGAUUUUGUUGUUUAUCCGGUGGUUUUAAAUACACUUAAAUGAAUACAAACUUGAAAAUAACGCAUACUGAUUUAAAAGCCUCAUGACCUGAUAUUUCUUUAAAAAAUACAGUAGAAAUAACAUUAUCUAUGAAAUAUAUUUCUUUUUUAGCUUUCAAAAUGUGCAGUUAAGGACCAUCCAUAUACUGGAUAUUAUGUUUUAUGUAACCAUGGAAGUAAAGUCCUGCAGACAAACUUGCAUUUAAAAAAAUACAUUUUUAUCAGGAAAAUUUGAAUGUUUUUCAUAUAUUUUUAUGUAAAUGUAAGAUGCUUCUGCUGAAACUGACUGGGAAAAUGUGUAAAAUUACUUAUGUAUGUCUACUUAUGUAUCUUACGCAUGCAAAAUAAAAGGCUGACUGCUUUGUUUGAA